AUGCACGCCCGCUUCCACAUCCUCCCCCUUCUUAUCCCUGCCCUCGCCGGGGCACUCGCGGCUGCCGCGCCGCCGUGUCAUGAUUCUCACGAUAUUGCAGCCCCGGUAAUAUCCGUGCCGCUAGAACUCAACUCGGAUCGCAUCCUGUACCGCAGAGACGAGCGUGAACUCACGCGCAGAGACGGCGACCACGACCAUGGCGGUCAUCACGUUGAACCCCUAUACGAGCUUAAUGAGACCCAAGUUACCCUCCACCAUGCGCCCAUUCCACCCUCAUAUUGGACUAUCGACAUGGUCGAUCGCGUUCCUGGAGAGCACAGAUACCCUGGGUUCAUGGCAGUGCACAUAUUUUUCAUGUCUGCCGCGUUCUUUGGUGCUCUUCCGCUAGGCAUCAUCUUUCGCUCUGUAAAGCACGCAUGGCAUGGCUUCACUGUAAUUCUAUUCUAUGCUUUCUGUGCCAUUGGAUUGGGCUCGAGUAUGAUCUAUAGAAAGCUCACUCCCGACAUGUAUGAAGGCAGCAAACAUGGUCCGCAGGGCUACUUUUGGCUUUUCGUCGCCCUAGUAAUUUCUACGCUUGAUGCUCUUGCUAUGUUCGUUCGGCUCUUCAACUACGUCAAGGCACUUCGCAACGGCGAGGAGCGAUUCACGUUCAAGGGGUCGUGGAACGACGUCAUUCUCGGCCGCGGGUCCCGCAUCUCUAUCGGACCGGAGUACACGAAUUUGGUGGAAGACCCUGAGGAGCUCGACAUGACGGAGUUGAAGGGUAAGGACGUGGAUGAUGAGUCGAAUGACCACGAUGAAUCUGAGCAGUGGGCGAACGACAUUCACCACCACCGCCGCGCCGAGUCAUAUCCACAGUCGGCGGCUUCGGAUGGCACUUUGCUCAACGGCCGUUCACCCCGUCACUCUUCCGAUAUUCUACCUGAUCACGUUGCGAGCCGUUUUCCCUGGGGUGGCAAGGCGAAGACUCCGCUGUUGAAGAAGAUCGGGCGCGGAAUGUUCGCAACGACUGAGCGUGUGCUUGUCUUCGCGGGCCUCGUGCAAUUCAUCACUGGUGUAGUCACGUACACGGGUGGUUGCAGAGAAAACUACAUCAAUGGCUGUCUCGCUCACCUGAUCAAGGGCGGUAUUUUCUGGUGUUAUGGUCUGGCCAGUUUUGGACGAUACCUUGGCGCGUUCUCGGAGCUCGGCUGGGCGUGGAACCGCGCUCCGUCGAAACAGUAUCCAACGGCGGAGUUCUUCGAAUGCCUGAUCAUUUUCCUGUACGGCGCUUCUAACACCUGGAUGGAGCGUUUCGGUGCACGCGCUGGUGACCCCUACACGACGAAGCAGGUGCAGCACAUCAGCAUUGCAGUGAUGUUCUGGUUCGCGGGCAUGGUCGGCAUGGGCAUUGAGUCGAAGACUAUCCGCCGAUGGCUCGCUGCGGGUUCCGUCGCUGCGAUUCCGUCCUCGGUCCGCACGCAGGAGGCUGUUGCGGAACCGCCGAGUUACAUCGCGAGCUUCAACCCCUUCCCGGCCCUGUGCAUCGGCAUCACCGGUAUCGCGAUGAGCGCGCACUUCCAGGUGUACGUGUUCCAAGUGCAGAUCCACAUGCUCUGGGGAUACCUGCUAGCUAUGUUUGCGGUACUGCGAUUCCUGACGUACUGCUUCCUGUGGUCAUCCCCGCCGCGGUCGAUUCUACCGUCACGCCCACCGACGGAGGCGCUCGCUUCGUUCUUCCUUGUGUGCGGCGGAUUGGUGUUCAUGUUCUCGACGGAAGAGGUGACAAUCGCUGCGAUGCGACAGGGACACGAUGAUGUCAUGAUGUUCUUGAAUCUCAGCAUCGCGAUUACUUGCUUCGCGUGCUGCUGGGCACUGGCACUCGUUGGCACCAAGGGCUACCUCAAGAGUCACACCCACGGCGCGGUUAGCUUCCACAGCUCUGCCUGA